CCUUAUAGCGGUGCGGCGCGGCGGGGCGCGGCGGUCGCGAUGGAGUACGCGGAGGCAGAGGAGUACUACUACGGGGAGGAGACGGCGGGCAACGCGACGGCGGAGGCGUGCGAGUGGCAGGCGGACUGGGAGGCCUCCUUCUCGCUGCUGCCGCUGCUCUACCUGCUGGUCUUCGCCCUAGGGCUGUCGGGCAACGGGCUGGUGCUGCUGACGGUGUGGCGCGGCCCGCGGGCGCGGCGCCGCUCCGCCGACGCCUACAUCGGGAACCUGGCGCUGGCCGACCUGGCCUUCGUGGCCACGCUGCCGCUCUGGGCCGCCUACACGGCGCUGCGCUUCCACUGGCCCUUCGGCGCGGCGCUCUGCAAGCUCAGCAGCUUCUUGGUGCUGCUCAGCAUGUUCGCCUCCGCCUUCUGCCUGGGCGGCCUCAGCGCCGAGCGCUGCCGCGCCGCCGCCCGCGCCGCCCCGCCGGCCCGCGCCGCCCCCCGCCGCCGCCCCGCCGGGCUGGGCCCGCUGGCCGCGCUUUGGGCGGCGGCGGCGGCGGCGGCGCUGCCGGCGCUGCUGCUGCGGGAGGCGCGGCGGGGGCCGCGCAACCGGACGCUCUGCGAGCUGGCGGCGGGCGGCGCGGGGCGGGCGGCGGCGCUCAGCCUGGGCGCCACGGCGCUGGGCUUCGCCGCCCCGCUGCUGCUGAUGGCCGUCUGCUACUGCUGCGUGGGCGCCGCCGUCCGCCGCCACCUCCGCCCGCGGCGCGCCGAGGCGGCGGCGCGGCGGCGGCUGCUGCGGCUGAUCGCGGCGCUGGUGGCUGUCUUCGCCGGCUGCUGGCUGCCCUUCCACCUGCUCAAGAGCCUCUUCGCGCUGGCGGCCGCCGGGCUGCUGGAGCUGCCCUGCGCGCUGCUGGGGCUCAUCGCCCGCCUGCACCCCUACGCCACCUGCCUGGCCUACCUCAACAGCUGCCUCAACCCGCUGCUCUACGCCUUCCUCGACGGCCGCUUCCGCGCCCGCUGCCGCCUGCUGCUGGGGCCGCGCCGCCCGCCCGCCGCCACCGCCUCCUCCACGCUCAGCGGCCCCACGCAGCGCUCCGAGCUGCCCUCGGCCGGCACCAAGCUGUAGCGCCCGCGGCCCCGCCGCGCCCCAAUAAAUGCCCUUGCCGCCGCCGGA